CUCUAUCCAUAAAUAAACAACCCUCCAUUCUCCCCUCUCAAUCCUCCCAUAACACUCUUUCUAAAGCUUUUCAACCCACAACAGCAAUGACAAUUCGAAGACCAUCCAAACUGCCUCAAACCGCAGUUCUGAAGCAGAUCCUGAAGAGAUGUUCAAGCUUAGGCAAGAAACACGGCUACGACGAAGAUGGUCUCCCGCUUGACGUACCAAAAGGUCACUUUGUUGUUUACGUCGGAGAAAACAGGAGCCGAUACAUCGUCCCGAUCUCAUUCCUGACUCUCCCCGAGUUCCAAUGUUUGCUUCGACGAGCCGAGGAAGAGUUCGGGUUCGAUCAUGACAUGGGGCUCACUAUACCUUGUGAAGAAGUGGUUUUUCGCUCUCUUACAUCUAUGCUUAGAUGAAGGAAGGGUCUGCCAUUGCCUUGGAGAAAGAUGGUCAAGAGAAGCAUAGCACUAUAGAUAUUUUAUAGCUAGUUUCUCCUUUUUAACAUCAGUCUUCAAUGUGCAUC